AUCACUGAUAAGCUUAUCUACUUCUAUCCCCUGCGCCCACCAUUUCCAUCACCACGCAGAGAGCAAAACAGAAGGAGAUCAAGAAUGCUAGGCGUUGCGCUCUCUUCAGAGCGCCCGCUUUUGAGGCCUAUGACACCCACCCAUGUUCCCCUUCUAAAUUUCUCUCAUAAAUUUGUUAGAUUCUUCACCUUUCGAUUCCAUACAAAAUCAUCUCGUCCCAAUAACACUCUUGCGAUCUCCGGGUGUUCAAGGCAGCUUUGUGGAUGCAAAUAUGAUGGAUUACGUGGUAAUUUCUUCCUCAAGGAGGUCAAGACCAGUAAGCGUAAAUGUUGCUGCACUGCAAGGUUGCCUCAUGCUGGGGAAGAAUGCAACCUUCCAAGGAAAUCUACAUUACUGAAUAGACCGAGGAAAAAUGAAGUUUUAAAUAUCUCACAUGAUAACUUUCUUAAAUUUGUGUCGAUGUCUGGGCUUCUCGCUCUCCUUGGUACUCAAGAAGCGAUUGCUGCUUCAGAUAUUGCUACUGGAUUGCAGGCCACGUCCAUCUUUGGGGAUCUUGGCGAUAUAAGCACAGGUUUUGCUUCAGCAUUCUUGUUGAUAUUCUUCUCUGAGCUUGGGGACAAAACCUUCUUCAUUGCAGCUCUUCUAGCUGCUCGGAACUCAUCUAUCGUCACAUUCUUUGGAACUUUUGGUGCACUAGCGGUAAUGACGAUCAUAUCUGUUGUCCUUGGGCGUACAUUUCACUAUGUCGACGAUGUCCUCCCAUUCAGGAUUGGUGGUACCGAUUUGCCUAUUGAUGAUAUUGCUGCGGUUAUCCUUCUGUUGUAUUUUGGUGUUUCGACCUUGCUCGAUGCCUCCUCUAGCGAUGGCAUGAAAGCUGAAGAAGAACAGAAGGAGGCUGAGCUGGCUGUUUCAGAGCUUUCGGGAAAUGGUGCUGGAAUAUUGGCUUCUGCUAACACUCUCAUUAGCACAUUUGUUUUAGUCUUCGUUGCUGAAUGGGGUGACAAAUCGUUUUUCUCUACAAUAGCUCUUGCUGCAGCCUCUUCGCCUCUUGGAGUAAUUGCAGGCGCGCUUGCUGGCCAUGGAGUGGCAACUCUGCUGGCUGUUCUUGGUGGCUCAUUACUCGGGUCAUUCUUAUCCGAAAAGGUUAUUGCAUACAUUGGCGGUACGCUAUUCCUAGUAUUUGCUGUGGUAACCUUGGUAGAGAUCGUAACCUGAAAAGAGCGGUCGCCCUCUUCGAAAUUUGUAUUAAGGAGCAGAAUUUACUUCCAUAGGUUGCUAUAGAGCUGAGAGGAAUAAUUAUGAGUGCCAUCAGUUUUGAGCUUCCAGGUGAUUAUUUGUUUCCAAUUAGCAGUUUGAAACUGUCCCAGAAAUUUCAUUAGUUCUUAAAUAUCAUUCAAAACUCAAAGACUAUGUAGAUUUGGAAGUUGUUUAUAUGACCAAAGAUCCAUAUUUACUAAUGUUGUCAUAACAAGCAGUUUAGGAUAUC